GAGGAUGCACAGCACGGGCGAGAAGAGGAAGGAGGUGCACGCUGGUCACCAACCUUAUAUAAAGGGAGCAUCUCCUCUCCAGAAUCAUCAUUUUCCACACUGGACCAGACGGAAAUCGAGCACUUGGAGCAACAUGAAGACAACGCUUUUUGUUCUGGUGGUAAUUUCUUCAGGAAUGGUGGCUGACGCACUUUUCUUGCCUCUGAUUUACCGGAUUUUCGAAAAUUGUUUUGACAGCGGAGCUGAGGAGGUGACCCCGAGCCCCCCGACGCGUUAUGCGGUUCGUCAGCCUGACCGUCCGUACCCAGGGCAGCGAGCGCCGCCCUCGGUAACUCACCACCUUCCUCAGGCAGCCCCAAUGCAGCAGCCGGUGCACGCGGAGUUCGCGGCCCAGAUUCCGCAGGUGAGCGCCCCGCACCAGCCGGCCCAGUUCGCCAUCCUGCGUACCCAGCAGCUGGUGCAGGCGCCGUGGUACCCUUCCACCUUCAGGGGAUACGAACAGCAGGGUGGCUACGCGCAGGUGCAGGCGCAGGUUCCCAUCCACCCUGGAGAAGUGAAAAGUUUGGACGGCAAAAUGGAGAAUGCUCCGAUCAUCGUCGGCACUGGCUACAAUGUCCAUCAGUCGAAAUAAAUUUCUUUGCCUUACACAAAUU